AUGGCUUGCAAAAAUUGCGGAGCUAACUGCAAGUGCACGGACACCAAGUGAGGCGACAAUUGCGCCUGCAACCAGGACUGCAAGUGCGUGUGCAAGCAAGGACCCAAGGAUCAGUGCUGCAAGUCUAAGUAG